AUGGCGACCGUGGUGCAGCCCCAACCCUCUGGGUUUCCGCCGCACCGGGCGUUUGCCCAAUUUGUUGCUGUUUACAAAAAGGCGCGGCGCGGAGCGGCCCCCGCGCCAUGCGCGCCGCCGCCCGCGCCGGCCGCGCCGCCCGCGAUGCAGCGCCUGCGCACCACCUUCACGCGCUCCCGCACGCCCACGCCCCAAGAUAUGAAGACGCAGAGCAGCCUCGAGGUGCCCAAGCAGGUCCGGUCGGCAUCGUUCGACGAGAUCCAGCUAGAGGCGGCGCGCGGCGCGGGCGCGAGUGUUCUGCUUGCAGUCCCGCAGCAUGGCGCGCGCAGCCGCAGCUUCGACUCCGCCGGCUCCGACGACUCGGGCACCUACCUCGAAGUUCCCCGGCUAUGGUCGCGCCGGCGGUCGGGCAAGGGCACGCCGCCUCCGUGCGUGCACUGCCGGCACAUGGAGACGUGGCUGGCGCGCCGCAGCGAGGAACGCGCCACGCCCGAGCGCCUGCCUGCCUCCUCCUCGGCCGAGGACGACGACGACGACGACGACAGCGAGGUGGAGUCUCCGCGCGUAUUGCUGGCGCCACCGCCGCCGCCGCGCGCCUUCCUGCCACCGCCGCUGCCGCAGUCCCCGCCGCCCUCACCCGGCGCUCCUUCCUUUGAACUGCAACCGCCCAGCGACGAACCUCCUGUCCUCCCGCAGCGCCGACGCUCCAUAUCACGACAGGAAGCCUUCUUCGUCGAACCCACCGGCAGCUCGCUUGAGAACGUCCGAGCCUCGGAGGACUGUGCGACUCAAGGGACGAGAGACCCUCUAGUACAUGACAUUUAUUUAGCUGUACCGGAACUGAAACGCGACCGUGCCGCGUCUGUCGAUUCCUGCUUUUCAAAAGUUUCCGGUGGUGCUAGAGCUGAGGAGUUAAACGGUGGAGGUGACUCGUUAACAGUACCCGGGUCUGGGCUGCGGUCGCGAUCAGUGGACAUUGUUUUACCGACGGCUGAGCAGUCUCGAUACAAGGCUCUCGCACUUACAUCGGCGCAGGCGCCGCCUCCGUUACGAGAUCAACCGCAAGAUGAACCAGACUCCGCCGUUCCAGUGUUAGAAAUCAGACGCAGCGGCGACGGCGGCGGCGCACGAGUGCUGCGCUCGACGCCCGACUGGAGCGACGCGGCCAUCAGCGGCGAGCACCUAUGGUCGCCCACCUCCGUCUCCGGCGAUUGCUGCUACGUCGGUGACGCGGAAUGUCAGAAACACGGGUCUCGUAUGAAAUGUUCUGCGUGCAAGAUCGUCGCGCACACAGCGUGUAUAGACAUUCUGAUGGAUCGCGUGCAGUUCACGUGCAAGCCCACGUUCCGCGACGUGGGCGUAAGACAGUACCGCGAACAGACUAUCACGCACCAUCACUGGGUCCAUCGGCGCUCUGAGAAGGGGAAGUGCAAAGCUUGCGGCAAGUCGCUGCGGCGAAGAUGCUGUGGCUGGUGCUUCCCGAGUGGCCAUAGAGUAGAGAAGCCUGAAAUAGGAGAUAACUAUGAAUUAUCCGACCGUUCUUUGCAAGCCAAGUUGUCGUUCAGCUCGAAGGAGAUCGUGGCGCUGAGUUGCUCCUGGUGCAAGGAUGCCUAUCACAACAAAGAGAGCUGCUUCAACCUGCAGCGGAUAGGAGAGGAAUGCGCUUUAGGUUCACAGUCCAAUAUAAUAGUCCCACCGUCCUGGAUUGUCAAAUUACCACGAAAAGGCAGCUUCAAAUCCUCCUUAAGGAAAUCUCCAAAAAAGAAAAAUGCUUCAAAGAAAAAAGGAAAAGACUCAAAAAACGAACACAAGACGUUUGUGAUAAAACCAAUUCCAACUGCGAAUGUGCGGCCGGUCCUCGUGUUCAUCAACCCGAAGAGUGGAGGCAACCAGGGAGCCAAGUUGCUGCAGAAGUUCCAGUGGCUGCUCAACCCACGGCAGGUCUUCGAUCUCACUCAAGGUGGACCAGGCCCGGGGCUGGAGCUGUUCCGGAAGGUGCCGAACCUCCGCGUGCUGGCGUGCGGCGGUGACGGCACAGUGGGCUGGGUGCUGAGCGUGCUGGACCGCAUCGGGUCGCGCCCGGCCGUGGGCGUGCUGCCCCUCGGCACCGGCAACGACCUGGCCCGCGCACUCGGGUGGGGUGGGGGAUACGAAGACGAGCCGAUCUCGAAGAUCUUGGCAAACAUCGGCGAGAGCGACACGGUGCUGUUGGACAGGUGGCAGCUGACGGUGGAGCCCAACCCGGGCGCAGCGGCGGACGACGCCUCCAACGCCAAGCCGGAGUUGCCGCUCAACGUUGUCAACAACUACUUCUCCUUCGGCGUCGACGCGCAUAUUGCGCUCGAGUUCCAUGAGGCCAGAGAGGCCCACCCGGAGAAGUUCAACUCGCGCAUCAGAAACAAGCUCUUCUACGGCACAGCGGGUGGCAAAGAUCUGAUGCAGCGUAAGUGGAAGGGGCUGGCGGAAUUUGUGACCAUGGAGUGCGACGGAAAGGACCUCACGCCCGUGCUCAGGGAACACAAAGUCCAUGCUAUCGUAUUCUUAAACAUUCCAAGCUACGGGGGUGGAACUCACCCUUGGAACAAAUCAGGAGGAGCUUUCGAACCCUCAACUGAAGAUGGCCUAAUAGAAGUAGUAGGAUUAACCACAUAUCAAUUGCCGCUGCUGCAGGCGGGCGGCCACGGCACCUGCAUUACGCAGUGCAAAACGGCGAAGAUAGUGACGACGAAGGUGAUCCCCAUGCAGGUGGACGGGGAGGCGUGCCGGCUGGCUCCCUCUACCAUCACAUUGUCGCGACUGAACCAGGCUACCAUGCUCGCUAAGAGGAAGCCUGGACGCGCCACUGCUCCACAAACGACGGUGGACAAGUUAACACUCACAGUGAAUCUCAUUACGAUGGCGGAUUAUGAGCGGCACCAUUAUGAUAAGGAGCUACUGGCUAAAACAGCGGAUCGCGUGGGUACUCUAGAAGUUAAUCCGACCGCGGAUUUGGAGCAAAUGCGUACCCUCAUUCAGAAUAUGAUCAAAGAAUCUCAAGCACACUCGAAUCUCGUCGACUGGUGGUUUGUCGAUUCGGUGACGGCGGAGAGGUUCUUCCGGAUUGACAAGGCGCAAGAGAACCUGCACUACCCGACAGAUAUAGGACACGAGAAUAUUUACAUCCUGGACGCGGCGCCGCAGACACCCGAUACUGAGUCCACAGCACACCCUGACACUACCGCCACUGCCUCGCUGGACCGCACUGGACCCUCAGUCUCGCUAGACACCACUACCGGCCUCUCGGUGUCUCUUGACAUAUCGCAGAGUGUCGAUACUCCGAGCGCUGGAGUCUCCUUGGACGUGCCUGAGUCACAUGCUAGUGAGUCUGGUCUGGGCAGUCCGGCGCGCACGUCAGAGGAGCUGCUGACGCCGCAGUCGCCGCCCCCCGCGCUGCCGCCGCACGCGCCCAAGCUAUCCGUUUCCGGCCGUCCGUCCGCGCCACUCUCGCCGAAAGUCGCGUCCCUCACCCAAGAGUCCAACUCCCCCCCACUCUGCACCAGUCCCCCCGCCAAAGAUCACCAGCCAACCCACGAUUCUAUAGCGCGCUUCAAGACAAAUUUACUGGAAAAAACGUCUGAUACACUACUGAAAGCGGCUAAAGUCGGAGAUUUAAAAAUGAUGAAAGAGCUCCACGCGGCUGGCUAUUCUCUUCUAUCAAUCGACGCGAGCGGCCAAACGGCGUUGCAUAUCGCCGCACGGUAUGGGAACAAGGAGAUUGUCAAGUACCUGAUCGCAUGCGCACCGACGGCUAUAUUGAACAUGCGCGACAACGAGCGCGGGCAGACAGCGCUGCACAAAGCAGCUGCGCACAAGAGAAGGGCCAUAUGCUGCAUGUUGGUGGCCGGGGGGGCCUCGCUCACGCGGCAGGAUCACGCGGGCCUCACUCCGCGGCACCUGGCGCUCCGAGCUGAGGACCACGACUUGGCUGCUUACUUAGAAAGUCAAGAGCAUUUCCAAUUAGUAUCAGAAGAAUUAGAAACUGCUGUUUGAAAUAAUGGCAAGAGAACGAGAGAAGAGGUUAGAUGUAAACAGUUUGUUAGUACAAACGAGUGAUACGCAUCCGCGGCGUCGUGUUGUAGACAUUACAAGUAAUAGGUUUAUUAAUAUACUCUUAACACCAAAGUGAUAUUCGAAUCUUGUGGUUUAGGAUUAUCGACUUUUCGCUAUUUAAAUAUUUCCAAUGAGAGUUUACUAUUUUAAACGAAUAAAGUAAUUAUAAUGAUAAAAUAAUUUAUUAAAACGAUUGCAAUUAAGCUACUAAUUAUUAAGCAUCGACAUGUUACUAAUGACGUGAUAUCUAAAAUUGGUUAAGAAUUUGAAAUUUUAGAUUCUAUGUCGGUUGAAUUGUUCCAAACUUGGUAAAGUAAAUUGUGUCCAAGGUAUUGCGAUAUCGCAUUAUUUGUAACAUAUUAACUUAGUUUUGAGAUUUACCUUGUAGGUGUAACAUUUCAGAUUUCCCACUGAGCUGUAUGGAAAUGGCAGUAAACAACAGGUGUCGCACAUGCGCGUACAAUACACAGACCGUGUUUGAUGUUGAUAUUAAUUGAAUUUCUUUCAAACGUUCUCAAAAACGUUUCCUUCAAAGGCCUUUCUCUGACACGAUAUUAUCUUACUAGAAGGGGAUAAUACAGAAUACGACAUCUUAAACAAGAUCUUUUGUGUCCGUUUCUGUCUGUUUCUGUAUGACUUCGUCAUUUAAUAGUAGAUAAGGAAUCUCAGUAGAUGAAUUAACGAAAUGACAAAUAAUAAUUCAAUUUCAAAAUUCUUUAGCAGUUUAGAAAUGUCUGUCGAAUUGUAACAUUAGUUAUAGUUACCUUACAGUACAUCAGGAGCGUAGACUUGUUUAGAGCCAUGUCGCCGUUUUCUAGAAGCACGAUGAGAACUGUAAGUAAAUAAUUAAUUCUCGGAAAAAUGUCCGUGGGACGUUACAAACUACUUACUUACUGGUGUACUAUUAUCAAUCUCAAAUAGUUAUAUGCCUUACGUAAGUAAUGUGAGGUAAACUAAACUGAUCACACUUAAUAUUAUUUACUAGUAAGAUGUUGUUAUUAAUAACAUGCCUUAUAAAGUACAUUUUGUUGUUGUAUUUCGAGGUAAUGAUUACGAAGUCCCUUGUAUAGUUAACUAUCUUCGGCAAUAAUUGUUAACGUCUAAGACUAAAUUUCGUGUGUUACUAUGUUAAUUUGUAUAAUGCUGAUAUAAUCGGUGUUGUCGUUUUAUGAUCUCAAGACUCUGUAUUAUCUAUUUAUGUAUUUUUCAUUAUUAUAUUUUAUGCCAUGGUUGUAAAGAUAUGUAGAGAUCAUUAGAUUCCAGCUUGUGUGUCUAUAAUUCAUUAGUUCGUUAGCAUAAUGUGUCCGCGUUAUAUUUCAUUUGAUUUGUUGUUGUUUAGUACGAGAUAUUUUAUUGUCCGUGGAGUGGGAGCCGCUGGACUCGCUCCACUACCUACUGAGGUCUGGCUGUGGGGCUGGCGGCGCAUGCGGUUGUCUGUCAGAGCUCGGUGGUUCGCGCGGCUUCUUCUCCAACUUUUAUGAUAAUUACCAUCGUUUCGUGAUUUGCGUGAAAAAGCCUAUCCGACCCGGAGUCGUUAGUGUUAUUUAUGAUUAUACUGUAAUGCCAAUACCUCUACGUGUAGAUGUACCUAUAGUUUAGUAUUUAACGAAUUUACUCGUACUAUCGCUAACAAGCGAACAAUGAAAGACAAAGCUGUGAGAAUUAUGAUCAUAAUGUAAAAAGUAAGUUCAUUUUAUCGUAAGCGAGAGCUAUGUACAUCAUUACACUGUUUUGUGAAUUUCCUUUAUGUGAUUGUAGAUAGAAACUUUAAGAUUUAUAUAUAUUGUUCAGUAGUUAAUACUUGUGUUAGAUCGUACUGGCUAAUGGCUUUAGAUUUCCGUCGAAGUAUCCCGACACUUUGAAAUAUUAUCUGCGAUCGAUCUAUUGUAACGAAUUUUAUAUUAGAGAGAGCUAACGCAACGUGUAUGCUUACAGUAAUGUAGCAAAGUAUCCCACCUCGCCUCACCCUGCUCCUACCAUUUGAACUGCGAACGAUUGCACUCCGCGUCGUCACCAUUUACACGCGUAACCAUUAUACAAAAUCUUAUUGAGCUUCUAAAGUUUCAUUACAUAAUUCACGUAAUAAAGACAAUCGCCUAGCAUCAUUAAAAACGAAGAAAUAUCUUUCAAUAAUAAUAUCUUUCUAGAGACCUGUCCUCGUGGUAAGAUGUUGCAUAACUUCAAUGAAUUUCGAUGCCGACGUUGCAGGAGUUCCAUAAUGUUUGACGCUUGUGUUUGUUUCGAUACUAGUGUAGUCGUUCGCAAUUUCAUUUGUUUCUGCAUCAUAUCUGGUAAAUAAUAAAUAACUACUAUUUUCGAUAUAAAAACUAUCUCAUCUAAGCCAACUUAACCCUAGUUAUAUAUUUACUUGUAGAAAUACUUUUCCUACUGUAAUCUUUGUAUAUACUGUAAUGGAGGCCUUCAUUCGUGUAGGUAGUAUGUUAAUAUUAAUAUUUCUUAUAAAUACAUUAGUAUACUUCGCGACCAAUUCUAUCUUGAAAAAAAAAUAAACGAGAAUGAAUAUCACUAGGUAAUAAAUAGACUUUUAAGUACUGAUUUACUACUGAUAUGCUUUUUGAUCAAAUGUUUGGUAGACUAUAUUUAUUAAUACGUAAUAUCCACUGUAUUAUGAAUUAUUUAUUUAUAAAUAUUACUGUACAUUGCCUUCUACACAUGUGCGGUACUCGUGCAUUGGGUACAUUAUUUUGGACUCUUUGUAACCUUUUUACCUCUGCCUUUUUAUCUAAGUACCUCUCCGCGUCUUUCUAUUAAUUACAGCGAAUCUCACAAAAAGUUGCUUCAAACUCGGCGCCACGAACAUGUAUAGGUAGAUUUCAUUUCUCAUUACCUUCCAGACACCAUUAAAUAAGCGAUCGGUGACUUUAUAUAGAUAAUGAUCAAUUAGACGUUUUUAUUAAAUCACAUUUCUUGUGAUCUCGAUAAAAGUGUCCUUAACGAGUAACAGUCGAUAGAUUUUGUAGAACAUGUCGACUGUAUUAAAUUUUUGGCUUUUUACCUAUAUAUAUAUAUAUAUAUUUCACUUAUCUACAGGGUGUUUGUGACAUCGUAACGAAAACUUUAAAGAAUGAUUCAGACCUGAAAUUUGCCGUCGCAAACGCAUGGAACUGGAAAUAAUGAAAAAAAAAAUACAAAAAUUUCAUGAUUUUUCCGACGGUAAAUUCCACUUGAUAUCUUCUCAAAAUCAUGGUCUGAAUCAUUUCCGUUACGGUGUCACUAGCACCCAUACGUACUUGUAUGGCUACCUGCAUGUACUUGUAUGGGGUGUAAGUGACGUUAUAACGAAUGAUGAGGGGGAUGAUUCAGCUCAUUAUUCUCAUUCUCAUAUCAUUUCAAGUGGAAAUUUCCAUUGCAAAAGUAUAGAAUUGAAAAUAAUUAAAAAAAAAAAAUACAUAAAAACCUGAAUUUUGCGACGGCAAAUUCCACUUGAUAUUAACUCAGAAUCAUGGUCUGAAGCAUCCCCCUCAGCGGUGUCACUAAUAAUCUGUAUAAUUAUGCUUUUUACACUUGUGUACGCAUAUAAUGUACUUAUAUAGUUUUUAUCUGUUGAGGUAAAUAACGAUCAUACUUAUGGUCUCAAAAUGUUUCUCUCUCUGUCCAUAAUAAUCCUCAGCAUUCCGUUUGAUCAUUUCAUUCAUUUAUAUGGUGUGUGCGUCUGAGUAAACAUUUAUUUUGUUCUGAUGAGCUAUUCAUGAGCCUUACAUUCUGAGAAGUAUCAUAUCUAUCUGAAUCACAAAUGUAGUUCUCAUAAAUUUAUUUGUUAUAAUUGUACUCCACCCGCAGUAUGCUCCAUACCCUCUCCGGUUGAUUGAGGGGAGGCCUGUGUCCAGGCGUGGGACAUAUAUAGGCUGUUUAUGUUAUGUUAUGUAAUUGUAUUCAUCAUUUGUUCAUUUUUAUAAAUACUUGCCUACAUCGUUUAUAUAAUUUUGCUCGACUUUCAAACGGUAUAUUUCUGUUUAAUCUAGUUUCAUGGUUAUUGUUUUGUCUCUGUGUGGGAUGUGGGAUGAAUCAUAUAAUUACGGAUUUUGCUUAUUUAUUGUAAGAUGUGUUGUGUUCAGAAAUUGUUAUACUACUUAUUUAAAUACUUUUAUUUGCAUUAAAUAUUAGGUAUUUAUUCGAGUUAAUUUAAUAGAAAUAUAAGUAUGGAAUUAUUCGUAUGGGAGUUCUACUAUAAAGUCUAAUAGAAUGACGUUAAGUACGCAUUUGAUUAUUGGGCACGGUAAUAUAACUUCAUAUUAGUUUCUGUUCAGGUGAUAGAUAAAAUAAUUUAUAAAGACAGCGCUUUGUUAAAAAUUUGUUUUCAGAAGUAAUUAUAAAUCGGGCAUAUAGGUCCUAAUGGGCACAUGUUUAUUAUACAGGGUGGCCCAGAACUUCAGGUUCAAAUUGAAACAUUAGAUAGAGGGGCUCAUUAGCUACCAGAAACACCCCCAUGUAUGUUCAGCAAUUAUUUACGGUUUAGGAGAUAUGACCCAUUUUGUACCUUUUUCUAGAUUUUCUACCUGCCUUAGGCAUAGUUGUGAAGUAAAUUAAAAUAAUUAGUAAGAAAGGGAUAGCGACAAAAUGAUUAUUUCUGAAGUAAGGUAGAAAAUCUAGAAAAAGGUACAAAAUGGGUCAUAUCUCCUAAACCGUAAAUAAUUGCUGAACAUACAUGGGGGUGUUUCUGGUAGAUAAUGAGCCCCUCUAUCUAAUUUUUCAUUUUGAACCUGAACUUACGGGCCACCCUGUAUGUAGGUACUUACAAGCCUUAAAUUGUCUGAACUAAACAGAGAUGCGUUAUCUCCUGAUUUUUGCGACGCCAAACUUUUAAAGUAAAUUUAACUUAAAAGACACCAACUUUAAUUCGAAUUAAAAUUUUAAUAAUGUACUUAAUUGAAAUUUUUAUCAGGAUAUAGAUACACGGUAGGAAAUAAUUUUAACUUUUGAAAUUUAAGUAAUAUGAAGUAAUUUUAAUAGUAUUUUGAGAGCACUCAUUUCAUUGUAAGUACAUACUUAUUUUUGCACUCAAUAAAGUCACUAUUUUAAAUAACGUUAUGAAAAUGAAGUACACUGAAAGAACAAUAAAUAAGUACGACUUAGAA